GAUCCACCCCCAUCCACGGCUUCCAUCCCAUCCCCGAAUCUCACUUCGCACUUCGAAAACAAAACGCACCCAUCUCCUCCUUCUCCUCCAGGUGCUCCGCGCCGGCCGCCGCCGCGCAUAGGUUAGCCCAUCGCCCGAUCCAUCGAUUCCAUUCCAGCGACGGCGCUGCUGCAAGGUCGUGGUCGCAGGAUGGUGGUCGGUUUCCGCCGCACGAUCUCGUUCCCCGCGCCCAAGUCCGCGCCGGCGGCGGCGGCGGGGUCGAAUGGGAAGUCCGCGGCCGGCUACCGCGUCCGCUCGGCGAGCUUGCCAUGCCGUUUCCACCCUCUGGUGCUCCAGCUCGACGAAGACGUGGCGGCGCUGCGCGAUCUGGCGGGGGGUCUGGCGUCGGCCGCGUCGGCGCGCUCGAUCGCGGAGGCCGCGGAGCAGCUGGGGCGGGUGCUGGUGUCGCUCUCCGAGCUGCUCCACCACCCGCAGGCCCAGGAGCCGCUGCGGCGGCUCGGCCGGUCGCCGUUCGCGGAGCGGCUGCUGGACGACUUACUCCGCCUGGCCGACGCGCACGGCAGCUUCCGCGACGUGCUGGUCGCGCUCACCGCGCUCCAGGCCGAGGCGCGCGCGGCGCUGCGGCGCGAGGACCCGGCGCGCCUGGCGUCCGCCGCGCGCGGGCUUCGUCGGUCCGGCCGCGACCUCCCGCGGAUCGCCUCCUCCGCCCGCGCCGUAGCCGGUAAGGCGCCGCCUCCUGCGCCCGCGGGCCUCCCGUCGGACGCGGCCGCUCUUGCCGCCGCCAUCGUCGACGCGGCGGCGGCCGUCGCGUCUGCCUCGGCCGCGGUCUUCUCCGGCGUGUCCGCCCUGUCCAUUGCCGCUGCCAUGGCCCGCGUCGACGUCGUCAGCGCACCGUGCUGGAUGCCCUCUCCGGCAAGGUUCGCCUCCUCGUCGGCCGCGCCGAGAACCGGCCACCACAUCGUCACCACCAAGCCCUCUUCCAUGCGCAUAUGGUGGGUCGCCGACCUGAUGCGCUGGAUGUCGCGUGCGAAGCGCCGGUCGGCGAGCAAGCAGCACGCCGACGACGGCUCCUCCACCAAGCAGCCCCAGCCUGACGCGGCCCUGGUCGACCUAGACCCGGAGGAGGAGGACCGGAAGGCGGCGUUUGAGCGCAUGGACAACCUCGGGCGGUGCAUUGCGGACGUGGAGAACAGCGGCGAGAACGUCUUUCGCGCUCUCGUCAACACCAGAGUCUCCCUGCUCAACAUUCUCAGCCCAAGCUUCUGAAGAAUAGUGAUCCGCAGACGUUGAAGUCAUCAACAGUCUCUCGACUUAUGUGAUGAAAUUUGUAUAUAGAAAUGGUCGGCUUGUUUAGCUUAGUACUCCAGUACCACCAGUAGAACAUCAAUUGCAGCCGAAGUAAAAGAGAUUUCCGUUUUGUGUUGCCAA